GUCUGGGGGCAGGCGGGUUCGGGUGUCUCCCGGCUCCAGCCCUCGCUGCCGCUGCUGCUCCUGCCGCCGCCGCCGCCGCCGCGUUCUCGCCAUGGGCAAUGUCCUGGCUGCCAGCUCCCCGGCACCCCCUCCCACGGUGCCAGGGCCGGGCUCUGGCUUGGUAUCGGUGCCGCCUGGCUUCUCCAUGCCCCCCGUCACUGGGCUGGUUCCCCCAACACAAGACCACCCCACAGAUGACAAGUGUGACCAGCUUCCCAAUCCAGGCACCUUUGAGGAAUGUCACCGGAAAUGCAAAGAAUUAUUCCCCAUCCAAAUGGAGGGUGUGAAGUUGACUGUGAACAAAGGUCUCAGCAACCACUUCCAGGUCAAUCACACGGUGGCCCUCAGCACAGUUGGUGACUCCAAUUACCACUUUGGGGUAACCUACGUAGGGACAAAGCAGCUCAGCCCCACAGAGGCCUUUCCAGUCCUGGUGGGCGAUAUGGAUAACAGCGGCAGCCUCAAUGCACAGAUCAUUCACCAGCUCACAAAUAAGGUUCGCUCCAAGGUGGCCUUUCAGACGCAGCAGUCAAAGUUUGUGAACUGGCAAGUGGAUGGCGAAUACCGGGGUACAGACUUCACUGCUGCCGUCACGCUAGGGAACCCCGACAUUUUGGUUGGCUCAGGGAUCGUGGUGGCACAUUAUCUACAGAGCAUCACGCCGUCCCUGGCGCUGGGUGGGGAGCUGGUGUAUCACCGCCGCCCAGGAGAAGAGGGAACCGUCAUGUCCCUUGCUGGGAAGUAUACAGGUACCCAGCAAAAAGCUUGGCAAAUUGAGAGUUGGCUUGUAUUGUACUCUCUGAGAUAUGCUUAGCUCCUACCUCUGAGUGUGUGUGUGUGUUCAGAACUCUACUUUGUCUCA